GCGGUACAUCAAUUACCAGUUUGCUUUGUGACUCAUUUAUGUCGAACAGCUCCCACUUAAGCUGAGUGCCUGUUUGUGAAACAUGUGUAUAUGUACGCGCGCGCGCGUGUAUUUGUGUGUGUGUGUGUGAUAAUCGACGCCAACGUCUCUACCCUAACCGGGUGUCACUUCGUCUCAUCGCGUUGCUAGAGAAAGGAAUCUGUAAUUCGGAAGGAAAGAGUAGCAAGAACUAAAAGAGGAAUAGAAAGAGUAGCAACCCCUCCUUAUUCAUCAUCUCCAUCAGGUUACCUGUAGAUAUUACAUUCGGUCUUGUGGAACUUGCUGCCUGAUUGGGUCUGAUAAAAGCAGUGUGUGAUACCAGCUCUUCCUAGCUGCUGGUCACACAACACAGCCUCCAUCACAAUGUACAGACUAUAUUUGCUUUUGGUUGUAUUGGUUGUCCUCCUGUUAGCAGUUGCAAGAUUGAAAGCAGAAUGUUUGCAUGAUAAAGUGCAGACAACAGAUUUGGUACAACAAUAUUUAGAGUAUGAGCAAAGCCCAUCAGAAACUAGACUGCGGAGAUCUGCUUCAAAAUUUAUGCCAAUCCGCAUAUCACCUUUCUUUUUGGACUUCAAUGAUGUUGUAAUAUCAUCACUUUUGAAAAAAGUUGUUAACAGAGCAAUUUCUAAAAUCAGCCAGCUUCUAUCAGUUGUUCGUGCUUUGAAUUCUCUGCUCCUGGCUCGUUCUGCCUGCCACACUAAGUGGAGUGAUGGACCAAACAAACACAAGUGUAGUGGACUGGAACGGCGCUACGAUGGAGAGUAUUGUCUGGAGAUUGUAAAGAUUCCUGAUGAUCACUUAGAAGGGUUUUCAGUAUGGAAUCGUACAGGGAAGGAACCUGUGAAAACUUAUUUUACUUCUGGUCCUGGUGUCAACGAUACUGAUUACUUGCUGUAUGUCUCUGUUAAAGAAUCCAGCAAUUGCUGGCUGAAGGAUAAGCAUGUAAUAGCUUUUGCUGGUUACUGCCAAACUGACCAAAGUGGACGUCCAAUUUCUGGUAUGAUUAAUUUCUGUCCUAACCAACUUGAUGUAGAUGAAGACAGCAUGUAUGUGGUUGCUAUGCACGAAUUGUUCCAUGCAGUUGGUUUUUCCAAGAGUUUACUGAAAAAAUUUGAAACUUGUAAGCCUGCCUUUGAAGACAGUGAACUGCCAUGUAUCUCAUCUGUGGACAGCAGCCUUGCUACCUCAGGUCGCCAAAGAUUAACACUACCGUCAGUUGUGAGGAAGGCUCGUCAACAUUUUGGAUGUAGCACUGAUGUUGACUAUGGGGUCCUUAUGGAAACUAAGGAUGGUCAGCUUCUUUCUCACUGGGAUCAACGGAUGAUGGAAAGUUCCAUAAUGGUACCAACAGCUGGAUUGUCUCACCAGACUGUUAUUGAUCCAAUCACACUAGCUGUUUUUGAAUCCAGUGGAUGGUACAAGGUUAAUUAUGCUGCCUCAGAUAAAUUCCUCUGGGGAAAAGGUGCAGGUUGUAAGUUUGGUCUUGCUGAAACCUGUGUAAAUGACACAGAGUUCUUCUGUUCUGGCAGUGAAGAAGGAUGCCAUUUCCUGCAUAAAGAUAAAGCUACAUGCCAAAGUGGAAUCUUCCUGGAACCAUGUGGAAUAUUCCAAAGUAAAGCUGAGAACCGCUGUUCCAUAUCAGACAAAACAUCACUGAAGGCCUAUGGAGAAAUAUUUUCACAUCGAAGUCGAUGCUUUUACUCUAAUCUCACCUCUGACAUUUCAUCUGCAUAUGAAAUGAAAGGUAUGUGCUAUGAAUAUCGAUGUCGUGGAAGGCACAAAAUUGACAUUCGUGUUAGAGACACCAAGUGGACAUCGUGUCCAGCUGGCAAAAGUAUCACUCUUCCUGGUUAUAAAGGAGUGGUAGUUUGUCCAAAGAUUCUCAGUGUCUUAUGUACCAAAGCUAACCGUGAAACGGGCACUAAACCACCGAGAUGGACGAAAAAGUUUUCCACAGAACCAUCCACUACAUCCCAUUCUUCACCAUAUAUAUUUAAUGUCAUAUUUGAGGAUAUGGAUUACCACGAACUUCUUAAAGCAGAUCAGAUUCCAAAUUUACCACAGAUAAUUAUUGACAAGAUAAUAGAGAUUCAGCCUCUUGACAGACGGCGGCUAGUAAAUUUUCUUGUUCGCCGUGGUUCUAUCAUUGUUACAUUCCAACUACUCCCUCCAAAUGCUAACAUGAGUGGUCCUGACAGUAAAUACGUUUAUACUGUCCUUCAUGAAGCUGUUUUUGCAGGUAACUUCUCCAUUGUCCUACCCCACACAGGCAGACGACACACAGCCACAUACAUCAGCGACACUCCAAUGUUUGAUGAUGAUGAAGCCCUUCAACCUGGUCAAAGUGGCUUAUCAAUGGGAGAAAUGUUUGCUACUGGAACUGUGCUGGCUGUUGCCUUCAUCCUUAUCAUCAUAGCUGCUAUUUGCUUCCAAAACAGAUGUUGUUCUUGCAAUAGCUAGAUAUCCACAGAAUUAUGUUAGCAGUGAUCAACUGGUUUAAUGUCUUUUUUUUCUCUGCUGGGACCACUAGAGACAAAAGUGGUGGUGGAUUGUCUGAAUUCUUUCAAAGGAAACAAAAAACAAUAAAAACCCAAAAAGAAAAAAAACAGUAAAACCUUCAAAGAAGAGGAAAAAAAAGGAAUAAGAAAGGAAAAAGGGGGAUUCCAAACAUUUAUUACAUUAUAAUGAGGAAUAAUUUGUUCAUUAUACUGUAAUAAAUACAUAAAGAAAACUGGAAAUAUUUUAGAUAAAUAAAUUAUCAACUAAACCAUGAUGAUAGAACUUCCCAUUUGAAUGGUUGAAAGUUGUUUCAACUUGUCAACAGUAACAAUAUUGGCAAGUGUAACAAAAUGCUUAUUAACUGUGAAAAUUAGAAAUCGAAGUAUUAUUUUUCUUGUUUAUUAACAUCCUCAGAGAGGUGUGAACUUACCAUAUUUGGAUUACAAAAGAAAAAAAAAAGGAAAGAAGGACAGAAAAACUAAAGUUCUUUCUAAUACAAUCUAUCAAAAAGCUACUACCAUUUGAGAAUAGAAGGGCAGUCAUUUGGCAGUAAUGGACUAAAUUUACUACACUAUUUAAUUUUAUCAUUCUCUGUUUUGAGUUCAACUCACACCUGAGCUGAGUUUUUCUUUUUACUCUUCUAAGUGAGCUGUGAGUGGAUGAGUAGUGUUGAUUGCAAAAAAAAGUAGCAAUACUAUAUUGCUAUUCACUCUUCUGGACGAAUAUUGGCUUUGAAAAUAGUCAAAAGAAAUCUACAUAUGAAAACGUAUUAAAAUAUUAAAUUUUGUCUCUUUUUGGUUACAUCCCUUAAAACAAACAAAUAAAAUAAACUGAAACCAAGCUACAA